AUGGCGAUCGCAGCGGAAUUCAUCUCUCUUCUUCCGGUGGAGACUCUACAGGGGUUGGCUGCGGUUAAUGAGGACAAAUCGUUGGAUCAUAUGGGCCGUUUCGACAAGGUAGCUGAUCUGCUCAUUGCCCUCCCCCAGGAUAUCCAGGAGAAAAUCCUUGCUCUGCCGCAAUCGCCGCCAAACCCUGCCGUCCCUGCUGAUGUUCAGAAGCAAUUCGACGCGAUUCACGCGGAAAAGGGUCUCUCCCUGAAGGGACGACUCCAGAAGACACGGGCUGUACUGGCGACCCUGCCAGCCGAUGUCCAUGAAAAGAUGAAUGCCGUCAAAGCU